UAGGUCAAAAUUAAAGUAAAAAAAAAUGUUCGCCUUUUCCUCUUCGCCACUACAAAUGUCGUUCUUACUUGCAGCCAUUUUAACCUCAUUACUUACUGUAACAGUUUCAAGCAUCGAUGGUAUCGGCACAACUGAUAUCAAUUAUUCUUCUAUCCAACGUGAUCAUCAGAGGGGGUAUGAGUUAGAGAUGGUUAAGACGAAGGGGAAUCAAUUCGUGGUAGGAGGGAAGCCUUUUUAUGUGAAUGGGUUCAAUACCUAUUGGCUCAUGAUUCUUGCGGUCGAUCCUUUGACGAGGGUGAAGGUCACAGAGACGUUUAAGCAAGCUUCUGCAAUUGGUCUUACUGUCUGUCGGACUUGGGCCUUCAAUGAUGGCGGAUGGAGGGCGUUACAGAAAGCUCCUUUUGUUUACGAUGAAAACGUCUUUCAGGCACUUGAUUUUGUGAUUAGUGAGGCAAAGAAGAAUAAUAUUAGGCUGAUACUGUCAUUAACAAAUAGUAUGGAAGGAUAUGGUGGAAAGGCUCAGUAUGUGAAGUGGGGAAAAGCUGCAGGUUUGAAUCUUACUUCUGAUGAUGACUUCUACACUAAUCCCAUUGUGAAGGGCUACUACAAAGCUUAUGUGAAGACGGUUCUCAAUAGAGUCAACACCUUCACCAACAUCACAUACAAAGAAGACCCAACAAUUUUUGCAUGGGAACUGAUCAAUGAACCUCGCUGCCUUUCUGAUCCUUCAGGCAACAAGCUACAGUCAUGGAUAGAAGAAAUGGCAUUUCAUGUAAAAUCGAUCGACCCGAAGCACCUGCUCGAGAUCGGGCUCGAAGGAUUCUAUGGAAACUCGACUCCGGAUCGCUUUCAGUUCAAUCCCGAUAGCUACUCCGGUCAAGUCGGCACCGAUUUCAUUAGGAACCAUCAAGCCAUGGGCAUUGAUUUUGCCACAACCCACCUUUAUCCAGAUGCUUGGCUAUCGAAUUCGAACCCUGAAGAUCACCUUGAGUUCGCCAAAUCCUGGAUGCAAAGCCACAUUGAUGAUGCAGAGAAUGUGCUUGGAAUGCCGGUCGUGUUCGCCGAAUUCGGAAUGUCGGCGAAAGACAAGAACUUCAGUGUGAGCUCAAGAAAUCAGUUCAUUGAUAUGGUUUAUAAGACCAUUCUGAACUCUACAAGGAGAGGAGGAGGUGCAGGAGGUUGCCUUCUGUGGCAGAUUUUCCCAGAAGGAACUGAUUUUAUGGAUGAUGGCUAUGCAGUCGUGCUUAAAACAUCUAAAUCCACAGAAAAAAUCCUAUCUUUGCAGUCAAAGAAAUUAAAGAAGUUCAAUUCAAAGUGUUCAUGGAGGUGCAAUUGGACUUGCAGAAAGAAUUAGUCUUCUCAGCAUAAUCAACUCUGAUAAAAUUAUUUGAAUGUAUAGUUAAUUAUUGAUUGAUUGCAUUAAUGAAUCAAAUCUGUACAGAUUUGUAAAUAUUACAUCAUACCUGUAAAAAUAUAUACAAAUAAACUUUUAUGUAAAAUGUUGUAUUACAUGGAUUCUGCAUGACUGUA